AGCCCUAGAUUGGAUUAGAUUAGGGCUCUUCAGGAUGGGCAGCUUGGCGAGGCGCGCAGGGAUCGCGAUCGCCCGGCGCAGCGCUUGCAUUUCCGCUCGAUCGUACAGCAGCAUCGAUCGCAACAUUGAAGAAUUCAACCAGGAGCUGGAAGAAAUGUUUGGUGCUCCCCCUGCCGCUGCUGGCGCGCAAGGAUUUCCAGCGAGAGAUCCAUCGUCCCAGAGCAUCGCAGCUCCAUCGAUAGCUAGAGAUCGAUCUUCUUCUCUAACUCACGUCGAUAGCUCUGGAAAGGCCUCGAUGGUGGACGUCUCUCACAAGAUGGACACCAAAAGGAACGCAGUAGCGUCCGGUAGAGUCCUCCUCGGCCCCGACGUCUUCCAUCUCGUGGCCGCCAACAAGAUCGCCAAGGGAGACGUCUUGACAGUGGCCAAGAUAGCGGGCAUCCAGGCCGCCAAGCAAACCGCGACGCUCAUACCCCUGUGCCACACCAUAGCUCUCAGCUCGGUGGACGUGAAGAUGGCGCUGGACGAGGAGGCUAGCUGUGUGGAAGUCACCGCGGAGGCUAGCUCGGUUGGCCCGACUGGUGUGGAGAUGGAAGCUCUCACGGCUGUCUCGGUGGCUUGCUUGACGGUGUACGAUAUGUGCAAGGCUGCGUCCAAGGCUAUACAGAUAUCCGGCAUCGAGCUCGUGUCCAAGUCCGGUGGCAAGAGUGGCGACUGGCAUCGAGAGCAGAAUUGAAGAAGCACUAUGGAUGAUGUGCUAUGGAUUUUGUAGCAAGGUGGAUAACGCUGCUAUGGCUUCAAUCACUUCAUGGGCGACGACGAACUUGAGGUGUGGCGGAGAAACCAGACCAACGCUUCCUGGCUGCUGCUCAUUCUCCAGGACGCUACAGUGCAAGCCGAAGAGGGUCUUGAGGUUGACAAGAAUCGUGAGACAAGCGGACAACGAUGAAAGGGAGGUCCCUCCUCCUCAAGAGCAGGAAAUCCUUCCCGAGAGAAGAGAAGAGACGCCGAAGCCUAAGAAGAAGGAUGAUGGCGAAGUCACGGCUCGAAUAACUGGAGCGCUUGCCGUGCUUUUGGGGAUCGCAUACCUUGCUCUCGUCCAGAUUCUGGAGAGACGAGGUGGGAGCCUCGAGCCACCACCUCCGGAAGCGUAUCUUCCUUAAAUUUUGAGGUUCUAAGCUCGAAGAAUUGUGAAUCACGAUCUCUUCUACACA